AUGGAUCUCCCAGAGCUGAAAGGUUAUUUGCGCAAGAAGUCGCGUCACAAUCGAUGGCAGCGCCGCUACUUUGAAGCCACGACGCACUAUUUAACGUACUAUAAGACCCGCGAGAGCGAUAAGUUGCUGGCGUGCAUCGACUUGUGGCGCACGCAGACCAUCGACUUCCACGCGGGAGACGACGACCAGCUCGAGUUUUCCAUUCUGAUUGGCGACCAGUCGUAUUUGCUCAAGGCAGACUACCCGGACGAUGCGGCGCGAUGGGUGCGGGGGCUCCAGGCACGACAGCACCGGCCUGAGGGGACGCCCUCCGAGGCUUUUAGUCUGCGGAGCGAGCACAUGGACGCCGAAAGCGACGCGUCGUCUAGUGAUUACAAUGGCCGACGUCCUCGAGCUGCGUCUUCUGACAACGGGUCCGUAUCUGGCAGUCGUCGCUCGUCCUUGUCCGUGUCCUCGUACGUCGAGGCGCAAAACCCCGUCGUCCCGAACGCGGACGCCAUUGCAAGGCAGUCGCUAUCACACGCGGAUGCGCCGAAUCCGGUGGUGCCGAACGCGAAUCUGAUUGCUCGCGCAUCGUCCUCGCAUACAACAGCGAACAGCAUCGCUGGCCCAAGUGCUGUUUCGGUGCCGGGACUCAAGUAUCCCAUGGUGAUAACGAACCAGAAGGUGACGCGGUCUGUCGUGGCAAAGAAUGAUGCAAGUUCGGCCCGAGACGACGAGCAUCGUGCUGACGCGCAGUGCUGUGCGCCGUGCUCGAUCAUGUAG